AUGCACAAGACCUCUCAAGGUGGCUCUUUAUACAUAAAUUUAAAAAAAGGCGAGUGUAUUCAAAACCGAAUCUGCAGUUUUGGCUCGAGAACACUAAGACAAGGUGUGUACUGUUAUGUUACGGUUUCAUCUGCAUCUCCAUUUAAGAAUUAUAUCUUUGACUCAACAAUCACUUCAAGUGGUUAUGAAAACGAAGAAGGUGACAGUAAUAUUUACUUAUUUAAUGGAGAAAUAAAUUUAAAAUCAAUCAAUAUUUCAUAUUCAAAACUGAUUUUCACAAAUUUCUACUCUCUGACUCCUAAUUCUAACUCAAACAUAACAUUUUCAACAUUUUCAAACAAUUGGUCUCCUUCAAACAACUAUGAAGCAAUUCAUUCAGGAUCAUUUUCCGCAUCACCUGAAUUUACAAUGCUUUUUUGUAAUUUCUUCGAAAAUCAUUGCACAAGCCUUAUUCUCAGUUAUUUUAAACUCUAUGUUAUUAAUUGCAGUAUAUAUUCUAACAGUAUCGAAAUGGGAAUUUUUGAAGCAGGCAACGAUCAAAUUGAAGUCAAGGGAUGCUAUGUACAAAUUUAUGAACCAAAUAAUCAAAUAAUUGGAGAUGUCAUAAUAACAGAAACAGUAAAUGAAGCUUAUCCACAAAAUCUUCAUUUUACUAGUUCAUGUUCAACAGAACUAAAACUUCCAGAAGAAGAAACAAAGGAAAAAGAAGAAAUCAAAGUUGACUUUAAACGAAAAAAUAAAUUUAAUAUCUUUUUAUUUUUUGUUUCUCUUAAUUCUGAAUAA